GGAAGGAGGCAGCAGGAGGGCGGGCGGCAGGAGCGGGCCCGGAGCUACAGGGUCGGACCGGCGGCGCCGCCAUGUCCGACACCGAGAAGCUCAACUUGGAUUCUAUCAUCGGGCGCCUUCUGGAAGUGCAAGGCUCGCGGCCUGGGAAGAAUGUUCAGCUGACAGAGAACGAGAUCCGUGGUCUGUGCCUCAAGUCCCGGGAGAUCUUUCUGAGCCAGCCCAUUCUUCUGGAGCUGGAGGCGCCCCUCAAGAUAUGUGGUGACAUCCACGGCCAGUACUACGACCUUCUGCGACUGUUUGAGUACGGCGGCUUCCCUCCAGAGAGCAACUACCUCUUCUUGGGGGACUACGUGGACCGGGGUAAGCAGUCCCUGGAGACCAUCUGCCUGCUACUGGCCUAUAAGAUCAAAUACCCCGAGAACUUCUUCCUGCUCCGUGGGAACCAUGAGUGUGCCAGCAUCAACCGCAUCUACGGCUUCUAUGAUGAGUGUGAGUGGUCCAGGAUCCGGGUGCUGCCCAGAGCCGGCCCUUUCCUCCAAGCAGGCAAGAGACGCUACAACAUCAAACUGUGGAAAACCUUCACUGACUGCUUCAACUGCUUGCCCAUCGCGGCCAUUGUGGACGAGAAGAUCUUCUGUUGCCAUGGAGGCCUGUCCCCAGACCUGCAAUCCAUGGAGCAGAUCCGGCGCAUCAUGCGGCCCACAGAUGUGCCUGACCAGGGCCUGCUGUGCGAUCUGCUGUGGUCUGACCCCGACAAGGACGUGCAGGGCUGGGGCGAGAAUGACCGCGGCGUCUCCUUUACCUUUGGGGCUGAGGUGGUGGCCAAGUUCCUGCACAAACACGACUUGGACCUCAUCUGCCGGGCGCACCAGGUGGUAGAAGAUGGCUACGAGUUCUUUGCCAAGCGGCAGCUGGUGACACUUUUCUCAGCUCCCAACUACUGCGGCGAGUUUGACAACGCUGGUGCCAUGAUGAGCGUGGACGAGACUCUCAUGUGCUCCUUCCAGAUCCUCAAGCCCGCUGACAAGAACAAGGGGAAAUACGGGCAGUUCAGUGGCCUCAAUCCUGGAGGCCGGCCUAUCACCCCACCCCGCAAUUCUGCCAAAGCCAAGAAAUAGCCUCCCUGUGCCCACCUCUCUUCCCCCUGAUGUUGGAUUGAUUAUACAGAAGUUGCGCUGCCAUGGGGGGCCAGGCCAGCCUCUCGGGCCCGCCCGUCACAGGAACACGGAGCCUUGGUCUGUUUCCCUUUUUUAAUGAAUCAAUAGCAGUGUCCAAUCCCCAGGCUUCCCUCUCGCCUGCACCCGCAGGGGUUGCGAGCCGGAUCCUGGGGCUAAGGCUGCAGCUCAGGGCAAAAGCAGGCCAGGUUGUGGGUCUCCAGCCGUGCUGGGCAUCGGGGCUGGCAGCCGGAACCUGGGGUAACCCGUCUGGUCUCUUGAAUAAAGGUCAAAGCUGGAUUCUUGC